CUCUCGAACUCCUCUGCACUGAGCUAGGGUGGAUGUUUGAAUGGUCUAUAAGAAAACAGUGAGUUAUUCCGUGUUGUUGACCGGUCUGUAGGUGCGUCGGUAGAAUGUCAAAACGGAAACAGCCAGGCCUCGGACUGUUUACAGUCACCAAACAGACGAAGUGAACACUAACGCAGCGGCGGCAGCUACUGCUGCUAGCUACUGAGCUACUGCUGCUACUGAGCUACUGCUGCUACUGAGCUACUGCUGCUACUGAGCUACUGCUGCUCGGUGACGGCGCCACCGCCGGACGGCAGCGAACCUGGCGACUGGACACGGAACCAAUGGACUCCCAACAUGAUGCCUUACCAGGUGAACAGUUCCCCUCUGCCCGCCGCGAAGGCAGUGACGUCAGAGCGGAGCAGGAUGAGCGGCCGGCAGCGCGGCGGUCCUGAUGCUGCGGGACAUGCGGCGCUCAGGCAAAACAACUACACGAGGACCAAACUUCCGGUGAUACAGCCGCUGAGCAGGUCCAGGGAUGGGGGGUCCUUGAUCGGCGGCUUCAUAUUCGCAGGGUCACCUGAAUUGGCUAAAGAUGCAAAGCUGGAAUCAGAGAACACCGACCCAGGGGACAUCUGUGGCAGACACUUCCUCUUUGAUAAGAAAUGUGCGAGGUUUGAGCGGACCAGGACUGUGUUUCCUCCUCUGCAGAGAGACUACCGUGUGCACAGACCUGGCACCCUGUGUCCCUUAAGCUUCGCCAAGGAGCUUUCCCACAGCCAUGCAGCGCAGCAGCCCUUCAUCCUGGGUUACCCUGAGCGAUAUGAACUGAACCCAGGUCAAGCCCCCCCGUUCCUCUCCACUUUAUACCUCAAGGGCAGAAACCCUGUCUCGGUUGAAAGCUGCAAACUCAGCAGGCCUAAGGCGCAUCAUCCAAACUACCACCUGUCGACUGUUAAAGACAGUCAGAAGAGCCAGUCCUAUCCCGACCCGGUGGUCGGAGCCUCUCGCUCUUUUAUCCACAAGGUAUCGAAGCUGUCCUCUCUGGAGGCUGAGACGGUGAGACAAGAGAAGCUCAAGAAAACAAGGAAACCUCCAUCCUGACAAUCACCUGCUCCCCAGUCGCACUGGUCGAGGAUCAAAACCAUUGAGUCUGUGCCAACGACCUCUGAGCAGGAUCAAACGUUCAGGGCGCCGUGUUCGUUUCAGUGGCUCCUUCUCACGGCUUGUUUAUCCUCAGUGACAUUAGUUUUCUGCCUCACAUGGCUCGUCUUCACAUUUUGGGAUUCCUGACCAAGAGCGUCUCUCUUUUGGUGACCACAUAUAGUAUUAUAUAUAUACAUAUACACAGUAUAGUAUAUAGUAUACCUUGCAGCAAAUGCCCUACAAUAAACGGGGAUAAUAAAUCCAAAUAAUUUUUUCCAUUUUGAUUCCCAGCUCUGUGUAGCUCACCACUCAACACCUGCACAGUUAUCUGACCUUUUUAAUGGCUGUUGUGUAAUAUGACCAUAUUUCUUGCCGUAUCAUCAGUAUGUAGCAGAUACCGUCUGGCUUUGAUUUUACUACAACAGUGUUUCGAAGAUUACUGUUAAAUACCAAUUAGGAUUUGUUAAGCAAGUGGGACAUUGAUGUAUGAAAUAGUUUAGAAGAACUAUUACUGUGCCUUGUAAAACGUCUUCCUGCAAUAAAAAAAAAAGUAUUUUUAGUAGCACAA